AAUUUUGUAACAAAAGAAAAAUAUAUAUUUCUUAUAAAAAAAAGGGGAAAAACGGAUAUAAUAAAAUUCUAUUAACAAAAAUGGCCCUUAUAGCAAAACUACGCUACGCGAUAAAACCAAAUAUUUUGAAAUUUUCUUUCAAUAUAAAUAUCAAACGUUUCGCUUGCGAGGAAGCUUACCACGAAACCCUUAAGAAUCUGUGCAUCAAUAAAGAGUCUAAAGUUAUAUGUCAGGGAUUUACCGGUAAACAGGCCACUUUUCAUUGCAAAGAAGCCAUAGCGUAUGGCACCAAAAUGGUAGGUGGAGUUUCACCUAAAAAAGCAGGAACUAAACAUUUAGAUUUGCCGGUAUUUAAAACAGUAGAGGAGGCCAAAAAGGCCACUUGUCCACAUGCCUCGGUAAUAUAUGUACCACCUCCGGCCGCAGCUGCUGCCAUAAUGGAAUCGAUUAAAGCCGAGAUACCUUUAAUAGUAUGCAUUACUGAAGGUGUACCCCAACAUGAUAUGGUUAAGGUGAAGCAGGCUUUAUUGACUCAGGAGAAAUCACGUCUAGUCGGUCCCAAUUGUCCGGGUAUUAUAGCACCCGAACAAUGUAAAAUAGGCAUAAUGCCGGGUUUUAUACACAAACGUGGUAUGAUAGGCAUAGUCUCUCGUUCAGGCACCUUGACCUAUGAAGCGGUAAAUCAAACUACUCAAUUUGGUUUGGGUCAAACAUUGUGUGUGGGUUUGGGUGGAGAUCCCUUUAAUGGCACAAAUUUUAUAGAUUGUUUGGAAAUAUUUCUAAAAGAUCCCAACUGCAAGGGCAUUGUAAUGAUAGGUGAAAUCGGAGGAGAUGCUGAGGAAAAGGCUGCCGAUUUUUUAAAUGAAAAUAACUGUGGUGAUCCUCCUAAGCCUGUAGCUGCUUUUAUAGCUGGUUUAACUGCACCACCCGGUCGGCGUAUGGGUCAUGCUGGUGCUAUUAUAUCGGGAGGUAAAGGUGGUGCUAAAGAUAAAAUAGCUGCUCUAAAAGAUGCCAAUGUCGUAGUGACCAAUAAUCCUACAACUAUAGGUAAAGUUUUAUAUCAAGAAAUGUUGGAUUUGGAAAUUAUAAAGCCGUCUAGCAAAAAGCCCGAGGAAAAACCAGCAGAAAAAGGCAAGAAAAAAUAAGAUUUUCCUCUAAAAUGUGUCAACACUGAUUUAUUUUGUAAUAAAACUUAAAAUUUUGUUCAUUUUAUUUUAAAA